AUGCACCAGAAUCCUGUGGUUACGUCGACGUUAUGAGUCAAGAGAUGCGGCAAGCAAUCGUUGAUGUGCAUAACAAUCUAAGGUACAAGCUUGCUGAAGGGAAAGUUCAAAGGUCAUCAAUUUCAUUGGAAACACUUCCAAAAGCAGCAAACAUGCGUGCAAUGAAGUACGAUUGCACACUGGAGAAAGUGGCUCUAGAUGUAGGAGUUUUCGGAGAUGAUUGCAAGGUCAUUCCACCCAGAACAGCUUUCACUGACACAGGAAGAAAUUAUCACUUUAUCAAUACUACGAUGAGACUCCAUCGGGCAGUCAUGUCUCCAAAGGAAGCAUUGGUGAAAAUGGCCAUGGCAGACACGGAAGAACUCGGCUGCGCUGUGAACUUCUGCUCCAGUGGCUCCAGAAAUUAUUAUGCCGUUUACUGCUACUACGGCAGGCCGU